AUGAAUAAAAACUUAAUAAAUUACGGUAUUGAACCAGAUUUUCAGCUUAACGUGUUUACGGGUCCAGUAAACAGCGUGUAUAUGGUCAGCGAUACUGAGUAUGUGGCUUCUUCUACGCGUGAAAUUGUAAAAUUUGAAGGGUCCAACGUAAAAAUGACAGGAAACUUUCAAUUUGACUGCUCGUGCUUUGUUAAGCCAGCCGAAGUGAUUGUAGGUAUUUCAUCGCGAGGUCAUGAAUUCGUUGUUCUCCCAAUUAAUAAUUUUGCAAAGCCAAUUAUCGAAGGUAUGCCAACAAAUAUGCUUACAGUUUUUCAUAUACUAUAUUCAGAAAAAUCAAGCGUUCUCAUUACUUUAGGAACUGGAAUUAAAACGUGGAAAUUUGAGUUUCCAGAGCAAAACUCAAUUCUCUCACAUCGUAGAAAUGACAUCAAAAUUACUCCAAUAUCAACAUUUUUAUCUACUUAUGACGCUCCAAUUGUUAAUAUGCCGCCAUUUAAUUACAUCGAUGAGGAGUUAUUGCUUCCCUCCAUACAAGGAUUGCAGUACUUCAAAAUUAAUGGUAAUCAAUCCCAGCAGGCAACAAAAUUACCAGUUUCCAAAGUUUCAAAUUACACUUUAUUCGAGAAAACUCGAAAGGUUCUUGUUACUGAGAACGGUGAUGUUUGUGUCUGGAACAAAUUCCACAAUUUAACCCAUAGACAUACAUUUUCAACAGAACUCAUUACUUCAAUUUUUAUGCCUGAUAAAGAAAACGCAAUUAUAGUUACAGGAUCGCUUAAUGUUUUCAUGAUGAAUGUCAAAACUGGCCGCUUUUGGAGAUGCGGAACUUUGCCGCAAACUCCAAACAAAAUUUUCCAGUUUCCUAAGCGUAAAGAGGUUGUUGCGAUGACAUUCCUCAACACUCUGACAUUCUACAAGGUCAACAUACCAUGGAAACUUUGGGCUGCCAGUAUUUUGAAAUCAAAAAUUUUACAACGAGUGUCAAAACUCAACGAAGCAGCUCGAAUUUUAAUCAUUUCGGAUAGUAAUUUCAUCAAAAUCUACAGCCCGCGUACAAAGACGCAAGUAACUACAGCUUCUCCUUCUGUAGCCGGAAAUAUUAUUUUUCCGUUCUACGAUAGAGGCUCAAAAUUGGUCAAAAAGGACAAUUUAUUCACAAUUCUUGCAAACGGAGCCGUUCUUGGCUUUGAAACUUCAACAGCUCCUUCUGUCGAGUUCAUUAACGUAGAAAUGAAAGCGACAUCGAUGGUAAAGUUCCAAUACCAUGACAGAGACGUAUACGGUAUCACAGUUUUAACAGGAGAUCUCGUUGUCGUUGACCCAGAUAAUUUUAAUAUUUUACAGUCCAUUCAAGUUUCGUCAUCUCAGUCACCAGUUCGCAAUAGUGUAUUAGGGGCCAGUUACAUUAUAUGCUUCACUGAUGAUGAAACUGUUUUAAUUGACUUAUAUGAUUUAUCAAUCGUUUUAAGAAAGAAGUUACUCAUUAAUGGAUGCGUAAAAGCACGUAAUGACACAUUAUAUGUUGGAAAAGAAAGCGGAAAUAUCAUUCUUUAUGAAAUAAGAGGCGCAAUAAUAAAUGAAAUUCCUCCUCCGUUCAGACAACAUAAUUUAGCGGUUACGGCGAUCGAGUUUGGCACUGAUUACUGGAUUUCCGCAGCUCUGGAUGGUCUCCUUAAGUUCUGGGACUAUAAGAACGAAAAUUUGAAAACGAUCAACUUUUUCACUCCUUUGUUUUCCUUGACAAUAAUGAAUGGAAUGAGAGACACAUUGGUCGGUACAUCCAAUGAUGUCAUGGUUGUCCCAGGAACUGUUGUUUUUGGAAAUAUCACGGAUAAGGAGAACAAAGAUAUCGACAACUUCGAUAGAUAUGUAGAUGAAUUAGCUCCUGACUCCAUCAAGAAGAUAGCAGAAGAGGAAAGAAAGCGUCAAGAAUUGGAAAGAUUGAUGAGAGAAGAAGAAUUGAUGCUAAGAGAGCCUAAAAAGAAGAAUAAGAUGCUCCAAGCGUUCAGAGAUAAGCUCCAAGAGAGGGAAAAUGCAAUGAAUGCUGCUCAGGACAGUAAAAACCAGGAAGAGGAAGAAGAUUCGGACAAAACUGACGAAUUUGGCCACAAAAAGAAGAAAGUUUAUGACGAAGAGACAAGAAAGAAGAUGUUACAAGAGAUGAUGAACUUCGGAAGCGAACCACAACAACCAGAAACCGUGAAAAAGGAAAAAGUUAAAAAACAAAAAACAGAAAAUGAACAAAAAGUUGUUCCAAAGCUUCCAACAACAGAAAAAACAGAAAGCAAUGCACCAAGACCAGCAGCAAAUCCACCGCCAAGGCCAAAUAUCAUGAAAUUAAUCGAGGAAUAUUCUCCUGAAAAUAAAAGUGAAAAAAGUGAAGUUCCCUCUGUCAAAUUUUCGAUGAAACAAUCGAAUUCGAACGAAAACCUUCGCGUGAAAAGUGAUACUCCAAUAAAGAAAAAGAAGAGAACAAGUUCUUUCAAAAAUAAAAAUGAUAUCGAAAUGGAAAAUCAAAAUCAAUUGGAGAAAAGUGAAGUGACCAAAGUUCAACUUGAAAUUCAAGAAAAAGAUUUAAAUGAGCAACAACAGGAAGAAAAUGAAGCAAAAAGUGAUGUCACAUUUAGUAACGAUGAUGAAGAAGAAAAUUACAGUGAAAAUACAACAGAAAAACAACAAGAAACAUCAGAAAACAAAGAACUUAUAGAACAAAAGAAUGAAAUUUCUGAAAAAGUGAUAGAAAAAUUGUCAGAAAUAUUGUCAGAAAAUUCACAAAAAACAAAAGAAAAAUCACAAGAUUUACCAGAAAAGAUUUCACAAAAUGUCUCUGAUAAAUCAGAAAUUCCUAAGAUUAUUUCCGAGAAAAUACCAGAAAAUAUUAAUAAUUCUACAGAAAAACAACAAAAUUCUGAAAAUCUGACAAAUAAUCAACAAAAUUCUGACAUUUUGACAAUUACAAAAGAAAUUCUGCCAAAUUGA